UCGAGGAACAAGCCGCCAUCUUCCUCCAUCGCUCUCUGCGCAGACUCCACGUGUGGCGAGUAGAUGCACUUGUCUUUGACCUGCACUUUUACUCCCGUCACCCGAGUCGUCAUCACAUAAUAGUAGUAUGAAGUCCCCCGGGCAAGCUGUUGCAACUCCUAAGAAAGCAAAGAAAUUGGCAGCAGAAACUCCAGAAUUGAAAAAGAAAGCAGCAAAGGCACAGACUCCAAAGGUAGAGGUGUCUCAAACACAAACUCCUCAGACUCCAAAAAUAAAAAAGGGUAAGGCUAAGAAUCUAGACACCCCAAAAGUAGAAGUUAAAACGCCAAAAGCAGAGAAAGUUAAGACACCUCAACCACAGACCCCCAAAGUGGAGAAGAGUGAAACAGAACCACAAGCAAAGAAACUCAAGACACCCAAGACUGACACUCCAGCAGGAAAUUCCUCCCCAGAAAAAAUACAAACAGUAGUUACAGAGCACUCAGGUGGUGCAACACGCGGACAGAGAGGAGGAGGAAGAGGAGGUUUCCGAGGUGCAAUGAAUGGAUUUAGAGGUCGAGGUGGUGGCUUUAGGGGAGGUAGGGGUUCCUUCAGAGGAGGUCCUGGCAACUUCAGAGGAGGUCGGGGAGGAAGAGGUAGAGGCGGAAGAGGAAGAGGUGGCUCAGUUGCUGAAAAGAAUCCAUGUGCUGUGUAUAUGAACUUCUCCAGCCCUAUUGAUGGAACUGCUGCAACAGAGAUUUUGAAAAUUGGAAAAGCUGCAUCUGCAAUACAUUUUGGAAGAAAUUGCUUCCUAACAUUUGGAACAGAAGAUGAAGCCAGUACACUCAUAAAGAAGGCAGCUGAAAUAGAAUUUGGUGGUUUGAAGCCAUUUGUUGACAAUGCAUACAAAUCAUCUGGCCAGAAAGAAGCAGAAAAAAGAAGUUCAGAUGGCACUACUGAACCAACCCCAAGCAAGAAGAUGAAAGUUGAGACUUCAGCAAAGGUUGAAACUGAAAAGAAAGAUGAAGAGGAAAAGAUGGAGGAGGGAGAUGGUAGUGAGGAAGAGGAAGAUGGUGCUGGUGAAGUAGAAGAGGAGGAAGGUGAUGAUGCAGUAGAUGAAGAUGAUGAUGCUGAGGAAGAUGAUGAUGCUGAGGAAGGUGAUGAUAAAGCUGAGGAGGAAGGGAGUGAUGAGGAGGAGGAAGAAGAGAGUGAUGAUGAGUAACUAUUGACCGAAAAAGUGUUCUUUGAGAUUUUUUCUUGACGUGACAUUACCUUUGACCAUUAUCUACUCCAUUUUAUGUAGGGUAAAAGAAAUGCCCUUUAUAUAGAAAAUAUGAAAUGUACCAUGUGGAGUUUAAUAAAACCUAACUUCUUAA